GUCACAGUGUUUGGUCGCGUUUGCCAACGGUCUCUGAACUCUGAAGCGAGGAGUGCCAGCCUUCCCUUCUCACUUCGUCUAGCUAUGGUCUGAAGAGGAAACCAUGAAUCUCCGAGGCGUUUUUCAAGAUUUCAACCCUAGUAAGCUCCUGAUCUACGCCUGCCUGCUGCUCUUCUCCGUGCUGCUGUCGCUGAGGCUGGAUGGCGUCAUCCAGUGGAGCUACUGGGCGGUGUUUGCGCCCAUCUGGCUCUGGAAACUCAUGGUCAUCAUUGGGGCUUCUGUGGGCACCGGGGUUUGGGCACACAACCCACAGUACAGGGCUGAGGGUGAGACCUGCGUGGAGUUUAAGGCCAUGCUGAUCGCUGUGGGGAUCCACCUCCUCCUGCUCACCUUCGAGGUGCUGGUGUGCGACCGUGUGCAGCGGGGUUCACACUUCUGGCUUCUGGUCUUCAUGCCGCUCUUCUUCGUCUCGCCCGUCUCAGUGGCGGCGUGCGUGUGGGGAUUCAGGCACGACCGGUCGCUUGAGCUGGAGAUCCUGUGCUCUGUAAAUAUUCUUCAGUUCAUCUUCAUCGCUUUGAGACUGGAUAAGAUCAUCAGCUGGCCGUGGUUGGUGGUGUGCGUGCCGCUGUGGAUUCUCAUGUCCUUCCUGUGUCUGGUGGUGCUCUAUUACAUUGUCUGGUCUGUGCUCUUCCUGCGGUCCAUGGAUGUCAUUGCUGAGCAGCGGCGCACACACAUAACCAUGGCAAUCAGCUGGAUGACCAUAGUGGUGCCCCUGCUGACCUUUGAGAUUCUUCUCGUUCACAAGCUGGAUGGUCAUUAUAACUCCAGCUACGUCCCGGUGUUUGUUCCCCUCUGGGUUUCUUUGGUGACUCUAAUGGUGACGACGUUUGGCCAGAAAGCAGGCAAUCACUGUACGUGA